AUGGUCGCGGAGCCCAACCUGCAACCAUGUGCGGGCCUCUUGACAAACCACGAGGUGUUUGAGCUGCUCACAGACCGGGGGGCCAUGGGAGCAGUGGACGUGUCACAGGGCGGCAUGGGACCGGCAGCCAUAGAGUGCCAGGUCUACACCUAUCUCUGCACCGCCCCUGCCGCCACGCAGACGCGGGCGGCUGUAGCCGCGUGCGUGGAGCGGGCGGCGACGUUUGGACUGACGCGGCUGGAGAGGCUGCAGCUGGUGAAUCUGAGGCCGUCUCAACCUGUAGAAGCACACCUGGUAGCAUUCGUCCGUUCUUGUCCAUUGUUCCUUUUUAAUCGUCUUCGUUACUCGCCCAUCACGCCCCCAUCACGCCCCCAUCACUCCCCCAUCACUCCCCCAUCACUCCCCCAUCACUCCCCCAUCACUCCCCCAUCACGCCCCCAUCACUCCCCCAUCACUCCCCCAUCACUCCCCCAUCACGCCCCCAUCACUCCCCCAUCACUCCCCCAUCACUCCCCCAUCACGCCCCCAUCACUCCCCCGUCACUCCCCCAUCACUCCCCCAUCACGCCCCCAUCACUCCCCCGUCACUCCCCCAUCGCGCCCCCAUCACUCCCCCAUCACUCCCCCAUCACUCCCCCAUCACGCCCCCAUCACUCCCCCAUCACUCCCCCAUCACUCCCCCAUCACGCCCCCAUCACUCCCCCAUCACGCCCCCAUCACUCCCCCAUCACUCCCCCAUCACUCCCCCAUCACGCCCCCAUCACUCCCCCAUCACUCCCCCAUCACGCCCCCAUCACUCCCCCAUCACUCCCCCAUCACGCCCCCAUCACUCCCCCAUCACUCCCCCAUCACUCCCCCAUCACGCCCCCAUCACUCCCCCAUCACUCCCCCAUCACUCCCCCAUCACUCCCCCAUCACGCCCCCAUCACUCCCCCAUCACUCCCCCAUCACUCCCCCAUCACGCCCCCAUCACUCCCCCAUCACUCCCCCAUCACUCCCCCAUCACGCCCCCAUCACGCCCCCAUCACUCCCCAUCACUCCCCCAUCACUCCCCCAUCACUCCCCCAUCACUCCCCAUCACUCCCCAUCACUCCCCCAUCACUCCCCCAUCACUCCCCCAUCACUCCCCCAUCACUCCCCCAUCACUCCCCCAUCACUCCCCCAUCACUCCCCCAUCACUCCCCCAUCACUCCCCCAUCACUCCCCCAUCACUCCCCCAUCACUCCCCCCAUCACUCCCCCAUCACUCCCCCAUCACUCCCCCAUCACUCCCCCAUCACUCCCCCAUCACUCCCCCAUCACUCCCCCAUCACUCCCCCAUCACUCCCCCAUCACUCCCCCAUCACUCCCCCAUCACUCCCCCAUCACUCCCCCAUCACUCCCCCAUCACUCCCCCAUCACGCCCCCAUCACUCCCCCAUCACUCCCCCAUCACGCCCCCAUCACUCCCCCAUCACUCCCCCAUCACUCCCCCAUCACUCCCCCAUCACGCCCCCAUCACUCCCCCAUCACUCCCCCAUCACUCCCCCAUCACUCCCCCAUCACUCCCCCAUCACUCCCCCAUCACUCCCCCAUCACGCCCCCAUCACUCCCCCAUCACUCCCCCAUCACGCCCCCAUCACUCCCCCAUCACUCCCCCAUCACUCCCCCAUCACUCCCCCAUCACUCCCCCAUCACUCCCCCAUCACUCCCCCAUCACUCCCCCAUCACGCCCCCAUCACUCCCCCAUCACGCCCCCAUCACUCCCCCAUCACUCCCCCAUCACUCCCCCAUCACUCCCCCAUCACUCCCCCAUCACUCCCCCAUCACUCCCCCAUCACUCCCCCAUCACGCCCCCAUCACUCCCCCAUCACGCCCCCAUCACUCCCCCAUCACUCCCCCAUCACGCCCCCAUCACUCCCCCAUCACUCCCCCGUCACUCCCCCAUCACUCCCCCAUCACUCCUCCAUCACUCCCCCAUCACUCCCCCAUCACUCCCCCAUCACGCCCCCAUCACUCCCCCAUCACUCCCCCAUCACGCCCCCAUCACUCCCCCAUCACGCCCCCAUCACUCCCCCAUCACUCCCCCAUCACUCCCCCAUCACUCCCCCAUCACUCCCCCAUCACUCCCCCAUCACUCCCCCAUCACUCCCCCAUCACUCCCCCAUCACUCCCCCAUCACGCCCCCAUCACUCCCCCAUCACUCCCCCAUCACGCCCCCAUCACUCCCCCAUCACUCCCCCGUCACUCCCCCAUCACUCCCCCAUCACUCCCCCAUCACUCCCCCAUCACUCCCCCAUCACGCCCCCAUCACUCCCCCAUCACUCCCCCAUCACUCCCCCAUCACUCCCCCAUCACGCCCCCAUCACUCCCCCAUCACUCCCCCAUCACUCCCCCAUCACUCCCCCAUCACGCCCCCAUCACUCCCCCAUCACUCCCCCAUCACUCCCCCGUCACUCCCCCAUCACGCCCCCAUCACGCCCCCAUCACUCCCCCGUCACUCCCCCAUCACGCCCCCAUCACUCCCCCAUCACUCCCCCAUCACUCCCCCAUCACUCCCCCAUCACUCCCCCAUCACUCCCCCAUCACUCCCCCAUCACUCCCCCAUCACUCCCCCAUCACUCCCCCAUCACUCCCCCAUCACUCCCCCAUCACUCCCCCAUCACGCCCCCAUCACGCCCCCAUCACGCCCCAUCACUCCCCCAUCACUCCCCCAUCACUCCCCCAUCACUCCCCCAUCACUCCCCCAUCACGCCCCCAUCACUCCCCCAUCACUCCCCCAUCACUCCCCCAUCACUCCCCCAUCACUCCCCCAUCACUCCCCCAUCACGCCCCCAUCACUCCCCCAUCACUCCCCCAUCACUCCCCCAUCACUCCCCCAUCACGCCCCCAUCACUCCCCCAUCACUCCCCCAUCACUCCCCCAUCACUCCCCCAUCACGCCCCCAUCACUCCCCCAUCACUCCCCCAUCACUCCCCCAUCACGCCCCCAUCACUCCCCCAUCACUCCCCCAUCACUCCCCCAUCACUCCCCCAUCACGCCCCCAUCACUCCCCUCUGGCAGAUCAUAGUGGACUGUGAGAUGUGUCUCUCAGGUGAGAGGGUGGAGCAGCUACUGCAAGCUCUGAGGCGCCUCUAA